UGAAGGGGGGCACACAUGUUCAGGGAGGGCUUUGUUCACUUCUCUGCCGCCAAGAGAAGCGCAGAGAGGCUUCACUGGCUGUACUGCAGGAAUCCGGAUAUGAUGAAAAUGUUUGAGUCGCAACUAUCCGCAGCAAAUUACCGCCACUGAGCGUCGACAGCGUCGCGAGGACUUUUAUUGACCGUCAACAACAUCUGGACAAAGUUGGACCGGGACACACUGGCUCCUAAAGUUACUGAAAAAAAGUUUUUGGACGCUACUCUUUCACCCACUUUCGUCUUUUCUUCCCAGCGUCUCGGGGACAGAGUCGGAGGAAGGAAGGAUGGGAAUAAGUCAACUUUGAAGCGAGGGAGUUGUCAUGUUUGAAAGCGCUGAGGGCUGAGGGAAGGGAGGAACUUCUGCUUCUGCCGUGUGUGUGUCCCAAAAAGACGACUGUCUCAUGUCCAAGGAGACUGUCCUUCCUCCGGAUGGGCCGGCAGGGCCAGGGAAGGGCCCUCAGCAAGAGACAAGUCCCCUGCUGCCAGCCUCGCAAGAUGCUUGUGACAGUGAAUCGUCAGGAAAAACCUCGUCUCCCAGGAAACCAGCUGCUAAAGGACAAAGUCACGUGACCGAGGAGAAGCCUAAUUAUUGCGAGCCUGUAAGAACUCAACCCCAGUCUCAGCCAGUGCCCUUGGAGCCUGCCGAGGGAGAAGCUGGCAAGGACCAAAAUGGCUUUCGCCACAACAGCACUGGCACGCCCGCGCUGAGCAACGGCAACGGCAUCCACCCUGGCAUCAGCGGGGCCGGGGCCACGCGUACAUGCUCCUGUGGUGCCAACAUCAGCAUGGGCGCCACGGGUGGGUCAGGCUCUGGCACAAGAGCAGCCGCGACCACGACAACGACGGAGCAGCCCAGGAAGCAUCCGUCCACGCCUGUGUCUGAGAGGGUGCAGAGGAAAUUGAGGUCCAGCUUGUCAGUCAACAGUGACAGCAGCAGACGCAGCAAAGGCAGUUCAACGGGGUCACAGAAGCCUCCUUUACCAGAGGACUGCUGCGUCCACUGCAUCUUGGCCUGCCUGUUCUGCGAGUUCCUGACACUCUGCAACAUGGUGGUGACCCAGGCCUCGUGCGGCGCAUGCACAUCAGAGGCGUGCUGCUGCUGCUGCUGCACCGACGACCUGGGCGACGAUUGCAACUGCCCCUGUGACAUGGAUUGUGGCAUCAUGGAUGCCUGCUGUGAGUCCUCAGAUUGCCUGGAAAUCUGUAUGGAGUGCUGCGGCAUCUGCUUCCCCACAUAGGGAGGCCUGCGCUGGAGGAGAGCGGCGUUUCUCUGCGGGGGGAUAACUGGACUCUGGAUGGAAGAAUGGAAGGAAACUGCUGCUGCUGCUGUCACUUUGAAUUCAGCAACAGGCAGAGGUUGUGUUUGAGUGUGAGAGUGUGUGUGCGUAUGUGUGUGUGUGUGUGUGUGUGAUGGUCAGCAUAUGUGUUUGUGAAUGUCCUGUUGAGUGUGUGUGUGUUUGAGUAAAGCAUGCCUUGAAAGAUGUAUUUUGACACUGGGCUUCCAGCUCAGCAGGGGCUUGGAGUAACUCCAGAUAUAUGAACACGUCAGUUAAAUCUUCAGUUUAUCGUAAGUUGUUUCUGUUACAUAUUCUAUCCUUUGCGUAAAAAGUAUUAUCGCAGACUGCCUGAAAGAUUUUAUUGUUACAUCAGGAAUGCUGUCUAAUUGUAUCUUGCCUUUGUAAUCAUUUUGAUGAUCGACGUGUCUUGUACACCAACCAAAAUGAUUUAUUUACUCUGAUUUAAUUUCAAUACAUGUGUUUCUUUUUUUGAUGCUCAAAAACUGAGGUUACGGUCUUAGUACUGUACAACACUGUAAAAGGUUUAUGUGACAUUCCAUACAAUCUUAGUUGCAUACUGUAGUUUUGCAACUUUCAUUUACAGUUAUCUACUGUAGCACUGUAGAACAGUUGAAACUGGUGAAAUAUUACAGGUGAAUCAGGACUUCAAAAAUGCUACUAUCUAAAACCAAAAGUAAAGAAUGUGCCUGUUUUAGGAUGUUUUUACUUUUACGAGAAAAAAUCUGCACAAAAAUGACUGAUAAGCACACAAUUGUUUGCUUAUUCAUGCUGGAAAGUCUAUGAAAACAUGUUUUUUUUCCAAUUAAUGUCAUCUCUUCUGAUUUGGGAGCAUCUGAAGCCUCGGGUUUACUGGAAAUACAGCACAGCUACUCACCUUUUUGAUGAAGCAAAAGAGGUUCUGACCAGCUCACUACAACGUGAAGAUAGACAAUGGGCCUCAUGCAGAAACAUUCUCUUAAAUUACUUUUACAUUUUGUCUUAAUUUUCUAAGAAAAGUCGACUCCAGAAGCACCAAACUUUCUUAACCAUCCAAAUCUGCUCUUACCCAAGUGGCUGACUGUUUCCUUUCCCAAAACAGUAUACAAGCACAAUGCAAAUACUCUAGCAUAUACCCAAGAAGUCGAGGGAUGACACCAAAAAAGGUCUCUAAGAAGAAUAACUUCAGCAGUAGUGAAAUCAAUGUACUGUUAAAUAAACUUAAACAAAGUAAACUUGAUUUUUCAGAGCGUCAGUUCUGGAAUUUCAGGAAAACCAAAAACCAAAUAAUGGUAAAACAUGCUGUAAAAGCAUUGUCAGCAGAGGGCCAAGGCACCUGGGAGCAGUAAUGGAGCCAUUUAGAAGAUGAACGAUUUUAUAAUAUUUCAUUUUAUUUUAUCUUUUUUUUUUUUAUCAUUCAAGAGUUUUUAUAGUCUUAAUCAGGAUCAGUGGAAUAAUAGUAUUUCUUAAGCCCACACAUUUAAUAAUACCGUCAUUAUACAAAUACUGUUAAACAUAUUUUAAUAUAAAUUUGAUUCUGUGAUAUUCAUGCUUUUAUUUACAUUCCUCAAAUUCGAAACUUGUGUUUCCUUGCCUUCAACAACAAUUUGUAGACUGAAACAUCGACAUAUAGAAAAGAGCUAAAUUAAGAAAACAUUGGUGGGCCUUAGAAAUCAGAAGGUACGUACAAAAUGAGAACAAAUCGUGGUUACAAAAAAAAAAGAGGACAUUUGUUAUAUAGCCUCCUGCAUGAGGCCCAUUGUGUACAGCUCUUUAUUUCUAUGUGAGCCCUCCUCGCAUGUUAGACAUCAACGAUUAGGCUUUGUCAGCUGCACAUGGUACAAGUCUUUUCUGUGAUGCUAUUUUACAUACAUACUGUGUAAGUAUGACUUGUUGAACUGCACUCCCGUUCACGAGGGGUGUGAUAUGGAAUUAAAAAAUGGUGACCCUGGUUGCCAUAUAAGCCGCUUUCGGGUAUCAAGCCCAGUGACUCACAAUACAAAAAAGGAAUCAUGAACUGUCAUGUUGAAAUGGUAAACUAAUGCAGGGUAAAGGCAGUUUUCUUCUCCUUUUUUUUUUCUCUGUCCCCUAAUUCUGUGUAUCUCGAGAUGAGUUUGUGGUGAAUCACCAGCGGAGUCAUUUUCUUGUCUCGGAGAUCCGCUUUGAUGUUGUUUAAGUGAUGAUGCUUAAUGCUGGCCUUCAUUAGCACUGCUUACUAACUGGUUACAAAAAAAACGUCCCUUCCUAACGCCAACAAAGAUAAUGUGCUGUCAUGUACGGCCCGUCUUAAUGGCGCACUGUUAUUGUGUGUGAGGAGGUUGGAUAGGCACCUCUGCAGCAGAUAAUGUGCAGAAAGUAAACCUCAUUUUCAUUUUUAUGAUUAACUCGUGCCAAGAGUGUCAAGAAAAUACUUCAGAUAAUGUGAAGAAUUCAUUUAAACAGAAAAAAAAUGUAUACAUGUAGCUACAGUAGUUGUCCUCUUAUACUAUACUGUUGUAUGAUUUAUUUCUUCUGUGCCUUACACUUGAUCCUUUUCAUUUUCAACUCGAUACAACUCAACUCGGAGCUCACAGCUCAUUUUCUUAGUUUUUUUGUACAUUAUCUUCAGUCUCAAAGAGAACUGUUUUUUAAAAUAAAUCUUCCAAAAAAAAUAUUACUGUUUUGCACACAGUUUUUAAACAAUACAUUUCUGUCUCUUCUUCCUUUGUGUUCCAAUUGUUAACCAGCAAACUCUUUACAAUUCACCUGGGUAAUAAA